AUGUCAUUCCAAAUCGAGACAGUUCCUACCAAACCUUACCAAGAUCAAAAGCCCGGUACCUCUGGGUUGCGUAAGAAGACAAAGGUCUUUAAAGAUCAACCUCAUUACACCGAGAAUUUCAUUCAGUCGGUUCUAGAUGCUAUUCCUGAAGGCUCCAAGGGUGCCACUCUUGUUGUCGGCGGUGAUGGUCGUUACUACAAUGAUGUUAUUCUUCACAAAAUUGCUGCUAUUAGUGCUGCCAACGGGGUCAAAAAGCUAGUUAUUGGCCAAAACGGUCUCUUAUCUACACCAGCCGCUUCUCACAUUAUGAGAACUUAUGAGGACAAAUGCACCGGCGGUAUUAUCUUGACUGCUUCACACAACCCAGGUGGUCCAGAAAAUGAUAUGGGUAUUAAGUACAAUUUAUCCAACGGGGGCCCAGCUCCCGAGUCUGUCACAAAUGCUAUUUGGGAAAUAUCCAAAAAGUUAACUGGCUAUAAAACUAUCAAAGAUUUCCCAGAACUAGACUUGCAGACGAUAGGCAAGGAUACGAAAUACGGUCCAUUAUUAAUCGAUAUUAUCGACAUUACAAAAGCCUAUGUUGAGUUCUUGAAGGAAAUCUUUGACUUCGACCUAAUCAAGAAGUUUAUCGAUAACCAGCGCUCUACUAAGAACUGGAAGCUACUGUUCGAUAGCAUGAAUGGUGUUACUGGCCCAUACGGAAAGGCUAUUUUCGUUGACGAAUUCGGCUUACCAGCCGAUGAAGUCCUACAAAACUGGCAUCCUUCUCCGGACUUUGGUGGUAUGCAUCCAGAUCCAAACUUGACUUAUGCUAGUUCAUUAGUGAAAAGGGUUGAUCGUGAAAAGAUUGAAUUUGGUGCUGCCUCUGAUGGUGAUGGUGAUAGAAACAUGAUCUACGGUUAUGGCCCAUCCUUUGUCUCUCCAGGUGACUCAGUGGCCAUUAUUGCUGAAUAUGCUGCUGAAAUUCCAUAUUUUGCUAAGCAAGGUAUUUACGGUUUGGCACGUUCAUUCCCUACCUCAGCAGCUAUUGAUCGUGUCGCCAAGGCUCACGGCCUAAACUGUUAUGAAGUUCCAACCGGUUGGAAGUUUUUCUGUGCUUUGUUCGAUGCCAAAAAGUUAUCCAUCUGCGGUGAAGAAUCUUUUGGUACGGGUUCUAAUCAUGUAAGAGAAAAAGAUGGUGUUUGGGCCGUCAUGGCGUGGUUGAACAUCUUGGCCAUUUACAACAAGCACCACCCAGAAAAGGAAGCUUCUAUUAAGACUAUACAAGACGAAUUUUGGGCUAAAUACGGUCGUACUUUCUUCACUCGUUAUGAUUUUGAGAAGGUAGAGAGUGAAAAAGCUAACAAGAUUGUUGACCAACUGGAAGCUUUUGUCUCCAAAUCUGGUGUGAUUAACUCCCCCUUCCCAACUGAAGAAUCCGUGAAUGUUACCGACUGUGGUGAUUUUUCGUACACAGAUUUGGACGGUUCUGUGUCCGACCAUCAAGGUUUGUAUGUCAAGCUAUCUAAUGGUGCAAGAUUCGUUCUAAGAUUGUCUGGUACAGGUUCUUCGGGCGCUACGAUUAGAUUGUACAUUGAGAAGUAUUGCGAUGAUAAAUCACAGUACCACAAAACUGCCGAAGAAUAUUUAAAGCCAAUUAUAAACUCGGUCAUUAAAUUUUUGAACUUCAAGGAAGUAUUGGGAACUGACGAACCAACUGUUCGUACCUAA